CAAUAGGAGCGGAGGACGCUGUGGAGCCUUGGCAAGGUGAGCGAGGGCGGGAGGGGCUCGGCUGUCUCUCUGUGUGGUGCUCGGAGCCGCAUUGAUUCCUCUGGAGAAGGACAAUCAAUAUGCAGGCUCCACUAGCUCUUAUGGCUUCUCCAGCCCUGUUGCGCUGCUGUUCUCGAGCUCUAGCAAGGCCAGCUUCGCUUUCUAUAUUCAGCAGGCCAGAAACUCAGACUGUGCAGCCCUUUGGCAUUUCCAAUCAUCAGCUGGUUCAUCGGGAAUUCCAAACCAGUGCGGUCUCCCGUGACAUUGAUACUGCUGCUAAAUUCAUUGGUGCUGGUGCUGCUACUGUGGGAGUAGCAGGUUCAGGAGCAGGAAUUGGGACAGUGUUUGGCAGUUUAAUCAUCGGCUAUGCCAGGAACCCAUCCCUCAAGCAGCAGUUGUUUUCUUAUGCUAUCCUGGGCUUUGCCCUCUCAGAGGCCAUGGGGCUCUUCUGUUUGAUGGUGGCAUUUCUCAUCUUGUUCGCCAUGUGAAAUCCUUGGAACUAUGCUGCAGCUGCUGUCUGUCCAUGUCCUCACCGGUUUGAACUUGCCUCCCUGUGCUAGGGUGUUCCAAACUUUCUCUAAAUAAAUAAGAUUAAAGUUUU